CCAUUUUAUUAUAUCUCCCACGUUCCUCCCCCUCUUUCUUUUCCUUUUUAAGCUCUCUCUCUCAAAUUCUAGGGUUUUUAAAUUUUCUCCGAUAUCUCAAAGUUUUGAUUUCUCCAAAUCUUCUGGGGUUAAUUCUUUUCGAUGGAGUCGAUAAGAUCACCCUAUUGGUGCUACAGGUGCAACCGCUUCAUCCGGUUCCGGGUCCGAUCCCCCCAAGAUUCGAUCCAUUGCCACGACUGCGGCAGCGGAUUCAUCGAAGAAUUCGAAACGCCCUCUCGUUCUCCCAUUCACCACCGUUUCCCCGCCGCCGCUAUGUACUCCGAGACGACUAACCCAGUCCUCAGCCCCAGCCCCACCGCCACUCCUCAUUUCCGACGAGCUCGACGGAAUGCUGGAGAUCGGUCCCCUUUCAAUCCCGUCGUCCUUCUCCGUGGACCUACCUCCGAAUCCGAAGGUUUAGUUCCCGAAAGAGGGAAUACCAAUUUUGAGCUUUAUUACGAUGAUGAAUCAGGUUCCGGUCUUCGCCCCUUACCUGCUAGCAUGUAUGAGUUCUUAAUGGGUUCGGGUUUUGACCGGCUUCUUGAUCAGUUAUCUCAAUUAGAAGUAAACGAAGUUGGCCGUUUCGAGCAACCACCGGCUUCCAAAGCGGCUAUCGAAUCAAUGUCGGUGAUUAAGAUCACUGGCGGACAUGUAAGCACGGAAUCUCACUGUGCAGUUUGUAAAGAGCCGUUCGAACUAGAUUGCGAAGCUCGGGAAAUGCCUUGCAAGCAUAUUUACCAUUCGGAUUGCAUUUUACCCUGGCUUUCAAUUCGAAACUCAUGUCCAGUUUGCCGCCACGAGUUGCCAAGGGAAAAUAACGGAAACAACUUAGGGGAAAGCGAAACAGUUAGAGAUGAAGAAGCCGUGGGAUUAACAAUAUGGAGGUUACCGGGAGGUGGGUUCGCAGUGGGGAGGCUUCCCGGUGGGAGGAGAGCUGCGGAGAGGGAAUUUCCAGUUGUUUUCACUGAGAUGGAUGGUGGGUUUAAUAAUACAGCAGGUGCUCCUAGAAGGGUUUCAUGGGCGCCAAGUGGGAGAAGGUCACAAGAAAGUGGAGGAUUGGGGCAAGUUUUUCGGAGUUUUGCUUCGUUUUUGGGUUGGUUUAGGAGCUCCCCAUCUCGUUCAGGUUCAGAUUCGGGGUUUACUAGGAGAAGUAGAACAAGUUCAGUGUUUGGUAGAUCAUAUAGUAGAGAUAGCAAUAUGAAUUUCGAGGAUUGAAUGUUUGUGGAAUGGAUUCUUUCGACAUUUUAAAGUUAACCUGUUUUCCUUUUAUCUGAUACUAUAAUGUUGCAAUUUUAAUCAAGGGAGGGAAUGUUUGUAGAUUGUAUUAUUUUACUCAAUGUAAAUAACAACACGUUCGGGGAAGGAACGAAGAACUACUCGAGCUUAGAUUCUGUUGAAAGAGGCUUUUAUGAAUUGGUAUGUUCAUCCAAGAGGAAGAAGUAGAAGAAGCUUUUUUUGGUUUGUAUGACCUUUUAGUGGUUGCUGAGGUACCAUCCUCCUCCCAUAUAAAUUGAUGUUAGGCCUAAAUUUGUUAAAUUAGUAAACUGCCAUGAUAAUUCAUGCCCUGACUUCUUUCUUAUAUGUAAUUUUCUAUCAGGAAUCUUGUUGUUUAUUUGCAGUCCUUAAUACAAAUGAUCAUGUUGUUGAUAUUGUUUAUAUUCGGUUUUUCUUGACUGGAAGCCAAUCUGCAUGCAGCAACUGGUAUGCUUCGC